AUGUCUGACUACAACGGUGGCUACAGCAACUACAACAGCGGCUACAACAACUACAACGGUGGUGGAUUCAGAAACAACGACCGCAACGGUGGCGGCAACGGUGGCUUCAGAGGCGGCCGUGGCGGCAGAUUUGGCGGACAAAGAAGAGAAGCUGAAAGAGUCGAAUUAACCACUCCAGAGUGGGAUUUGGACUCUUUGCCAAAGUUUGAAAAGAACUUCUACACUGAGCACCCAGAUGUGGCUGCUCGUUCUGAGGACGAUGUUCGUCAGUUCAGAAAGGAAAACGACAUGACCAUUGAGGGCCACGACAUCCCUAAGCCUAUUACCUCUUUCGAUGAGGCUGGAUUCCCAGACUACGUCUUGAGCGAGGUCAAGCAGCAGGGUUUCCCAAAGCCAACUGCUAUCCAGUGUCAGGGUUGGCCUAUGGCUUUGAGCGGAAGAGAUAUGGUGGGUAUUGCCGCCACUGGUUCUGGUAAGACUCUUUCAUACUGUUUGCCGCUGAUUGUGCACAUCAAUGCUCAGCCUUUGUUGAAGCACGGCGAUGGUCCUAUUGUGUUGAUUUUGGCUCCAACUAGAGAGUUGGCUGUGCAAAUUCAGACUGAGUGUUCCAAGUUCGGAUCCUCGUCCAGAAUUAGAAACACUUGUAUCUAUGGUGGUGCUCCUAAGGGUCAGCAGAUCAGAGAUUUGGCUAGAGGUGUGGAGAUUUGCAUUGCUACCCCAGGUAGAUUGAUUGAUAUGUUGGAGACAGGUAAGACCAACUUGAAGAGAGUCACUUACUUGGUUUUGGAUGAGGCCGACAGAAUGUUGGAUAUGGGAUUCGAGCCACAAAUCAGAAAGAUCGUGGACCAGAUUAGACCUGACCGUCAAACCUUGAUGUGGUCGGCCACUUGGCCUAAGGAAGUCAAGAACUUGACCAGAGAUUACUUGGUUGACCCUAUUCAGGUCACCAUCGGUUCUUUGGAGUUGUCCGCUUCCCACACCAUCACACAGUUGGUUGAGGUUGUCACUGAGUUCGAGAAGAGAGACAGAUUGGUUAAGCACUUGGAGAUCGCCACCACUGAUAAGGAGGCCAAGUGCUUGGUGUUUGCUUCCACCAAGAGAGCAUGUGACGAGAUCACUUCUUAUUUGAGAGAGGACGGAUGGCCUGCAUUGGCUAUCCACGGAGACAAGGACCAGCAUGAGAGAGACUGGGUUUUGAGAGAGUUCAGAUCUGGAAAGGCUCCAAUCAUGGUGGCUACCGAUGUGGCUGCUAGAGGAAUUGACGUUAAGGGUAUUACUUAUGUUAUCAACUACGACAUGCCAGGUAACAUCGAGGAUUACGUCCACAGAAUUGGAAGAACCGGAAGAGCUGGUACUACUGGUACUGCUGUGUCGUUAUUCACUGAUGGCAACUCCAAGUUGGGUGGUGACUUGUGUAAAAUCAUGAGAGAGGCUAACCAGACCGUUCCACCUGAGUUGCAGAGAUUUGACAGAAGAUCUUAUGGAUCUCACAUCAAGUAUGGCCGUGGAGGAUACGGUAGAGGUAGAGGUCGUGGAGGAUACGGUGGAGGCCGUGGUAGAGGAGGAUUCGGAAACCGUCAGACCGGAUCCAACAGCCAGCCAAUGGGAGACAGACGUCGUUUCUAG